AUGCACAGAAACCAACGUGCGAUACAUUACCCACCGGAGACCGUCGACCUCUUGGAUCCCUAUCUUCUUCUCAUCCAUCAGGGUGUCAUCGAAGAUGUCUUUGUCCAAGACUUGAAAGAACGCAAUAUUGAAGUACGAAGGGAUACCACACUCAUGGAUUUUACCUAUACCGGGAAAACUUGUCCAAUCGAAGUCACGCAUUUGGCAGAAAAUCAGUACCGCUGCACCACGAAUACCAAGUACCUUGUCGGAUGCGAUGGAUCGCGUUCGGCGAUACGAAAAACCAUUGGAGCUCAAUUCAAAGGAGCUUCAUCCGAUUCUGUCUGGGGCAUACUGGACGGCCAAAUCGAAACAGACUUUCCAGACAUCUGGUCCAAAGGCCUGGUCUAUUCCGAAGAAAUCGGAUCAAUCAUGCUCAUGCCGCGCGAGAGAAACAUGACUCGGGUGUACGUGGAGCUAAAGCCGGAACUGAGAGGGGGCACAUCCAGAGACGAGCUUUCCCAACAGCUUGUCAUGCAAAGAGCUAAAGAAAUCAUGUAUCCAUUUCGUCUCAAGUGGAAGACCGUCGAAUGGUUUGGGAGGUACGUAGUCGGUCAGAGGGUCUCCACCAAAUUUGCAGAUCAUAGGAGGCGGGUGUUUAUCUGUGGAGACGCCGCCCACACGCACUCGCCCAAGGCCGCGCAGGGGAUGAACACAUCGAUGCACGAUGCAUGGAACCUUGCAUGGAAGCUUAACUUUGCCGUACGCAAGUUGGCAAAACCCGAACUCCUCGCAACCUACGAAGUCGAGCGGCGUAGGGUCGCCGAAGACCUGAUUAAUUUCGACUACGAGCACGCCAAAACCUUUGCAGCAGGCGAUUGGGAUGCCUUGGCUAAGAAUUUCGCCUCCUAUACCCGCUUCAUUUCAGGAAUGGGUGCGGAAUACGAACCGAACGCGCUCAACCGUCUGUCUGACUCGAUGGGGUCUGGUGACCUGAAGCCCGGAUGCCUACCCACCCCAGCAAAAGCUACGCGUUACGCCGACGCCAACCCGGUGGACGUCCAACUGGAUAUCCCGAUGCUUGGCCAGUUCCGCAUCUAUUUCUUCUGCAACAGCGCACGAACCAGUCGGCCCUUUAUCGACGUCGUCUGUAGGCAGGCUAACUCGCAGCAGUCCUUCACCGGCCGCAUGAGCGCCGCUACUGAUGCCAGUUACACAAUACAGCCGCCGAUAGCUGCUCCGCAUGACGAGUUCAUCUGCCCGGGCCGCUACACCACUACGUCAUGUCUUUUCACCUGGGCUCUCAUUACUCCCACACCAAGGGCUGCGUUCGAGUUGGCAGAUCUACCACAGGUGCUCCGCGAAUCCCCUUGGACAGUCUACUUAGAUGACAUUCCAUGGGAAGACACACGGGGCAAAGGCUGUAUAGAAAAGUGGCUUGGCGGUCUUCAAGGAGAUGAGACGGCUCUGGCUAUCAUACGUCCGGACGGAUACGUUGGUACAUUGCGAAUUUGGCAGGAUGGGAGUAGGAGCAGUGGAAAAGAAGCUGUGGAGUGGAUGGAUGAAUAUUUCGAGGGUUUCCUGUCUGAUAUUGUGUAG